UAAGGCUAAACUCAAUUUCACAGAACGUGUUCAAAGCCGGUCCGACCUUCUCACCGCCAUAACGGCCGCCCCUCAACCACAUCCCUCCCACCACAGCAUAGCCACCAAUUAUCCCGACCUUCUUCAGUAAACUCAGCUGUUUUCGAGCAAUGAUUCCCGAUUUGCUUACUUCACUUCAGUUCUCUAUCCUCAUAACAAUAAUGUUACAUAUAUGCUUCUCACCAAUACUCAGUUCUUCUUCGACAUCCAUGUUUCUCACUGUAUUCAGGGUCCGACCAAUCUAAAGUGGGCACUAAUCCGCAAUAAGAAUUGACAGAACAGGAGUAUACCUUCAAUGGCGUCUUCUUCAUCAUCAUCCAUUCAGAAGAGUUAUAUCUAUGAUGUAUUCAUGAGCUUUAGAGGUGAAGACACCCGUAAGAGUUUCGUUGAUCAUCUUUAUGUUGCUCUUGAAAGGCAAGGUAUUCGCACUUUCAAGGAUGAUGAGAGACUUGAGAAAGGAAAAAGGAUCAACGAAGAGCUCUUAAAGUCCAUUGAAGAGUCAAGAUUCUACAUCAUUGUAUUCUCUAAGAACUAUGCAUUUUCAUCUUGGUGCUUGGAUGAGCUUGUGAAGAUCAUGGAAUGCCAAACGGUGACUGAGCAGAUUGCUUAUCCUGUGUUCUAUGAUGUGGAUCCCUCUGAAGUUCGCAAACAACUUGGCCCUGUUGGAGAAGCUUUUUCCAGACAUAACAAUAAAGAGGAGGUCAGGAAGUGGAGAGAUGCACUGAAAGACGCAGCAUGUCUAACUGGGUGGGAUUUGAGGAACACUGCUGAUGGGCAUGAAGCUAAACUCAUCAAUAAAAUUGUUGAAGGCAUUUCACUCGAAUUACGUCCCAUUAAUUUGAAAGUGGAUGACAACUUAGUUGGCAUGGAGAGGCGAAUAAAGGAUAUUGUUUCAUCUUUGGAAAUGGGUGUUGAAGAUGUUCGUAUGAUAGGUAUAUGUGGGAUUGGAGGUGGUGGAAAGACGGCUUUAGCAAGAGCAGUUUUUGACAAAAUAAGCUUUCAAUUCAAAGGGAAAUACUUUGUUGAGAACAUCAGGGAAGUUACAAAUGCAUCGUUCUCUGGUUUGCAAUCGUUGCAAGAAAGAGUACUUUCGAGUGUGUUAAAUGAUAGAAUUUUCAACGUUGGGAGUAUUCAUGAUGGGAAAAAAAUAAUGAAAAGGAUGUUGUGUGGUAAAAAGGUUAUUCUUGUUCUAGAUGACGUAGACCAUUUAGACCAGCUGGACGCAUUAGCUGGUGGGCUUGAUUGGUUUAAACCAGGAAGUAGAAUCAUCAUUACAACAAGAGAUAAGCAAGUGCUCGUAGCACAACGAGUGAAAUGGAUUCAUGAUGUGAGUCUGUUAUCAAAUGAAGAAGCAAUGUGCCUCUUUAGUAGGUAUGCAUUUGGUAGAUAUAUUCCGAUUCAAACGUACAAAGAGGUAUCGCUAAAAGUGGUGAAGUAUGCUGAUGGUCUUCCCUUAACGAUAAAAGUUUUGGGCUCAUUUCUUUGCGGCAAAGAUAAGCACGAUUGGGAAGAUGCAGUAGAAAGAUUAAAAAAAAUUCCAUUAAAAGAAACCUUGGAAAAAUUGGAAUUAAGUUAUACUUGUCUGGAGGAUGAUUACAAGGAAAUAUUCCUGGAUGUUGCAUGCUUACUGAAAGGUUGGCUAAAAGAUGAUGCAAUUAGAGCACUUGAAAGUUGUGGAUUUCAUGCUAAGAAUGGAUUAAAAGUCCUUGAGCAAAAAUCUCUCAUAACUAUUUCGCCUAAUCAAUGGUUAGGCAUGCAUGAUCAUAUAGAAGAAUUGGGGAAAAAUAUUGUUCGUCGUUCGCACCCUGAUGAUCCCAAGAGGUAUAGUCGAUUGUGGAUUCGAGAGGAGAUUGAAGAUGUAUUGGCUAAUGACUUGGUAAACGAAGAAACAAGGGUUAUAGCAACUAAUGUUUCAAGCACAUUUUCAUGGCAUGGCGAGGAGGAUCUUGAUUCUAAAAUUCUUACAAAAGGUUUUCGAAACAUGAAGAAACUUAGAUUUCUUCACGUGGUUUAUGAGACUGAUAAUUUGUUUGAUGUUGGCCAAAACUUCCCAAAUGCGUUAAGAUUCUUGAGUUGGCGAGGUUACCCUCAUUGGUGUUUACCUAAAACAUUUCAUGCAAAUUAUUUGGUUGCACUUGAAAUGCCUCAUAGCAGAAUUAAACAACUGUGGGAAGAGGGAGAAAGAAAGGUUCUUCCGAACCUCAGAUUCCUUGACUUGAGUUAUUCAGAUUUGAGGACAAUUGAUUGUGGCUUACUUCCGAAUCUCGAGAAGUUAAACCUUGAAUAUUGUUUCAAUUUGGUAGAACUUCAAAUGCCCAUUGGAUCUCUAAGAAGACUUGUCGAUUUAAACUUAAAUCAUAGCAGGGGAUGUGAAUCUCUUUCAUUUAUCAACCAGUUGGAGUCACUUGAGAUCCUUGAUGUAAGUUAUUUAUAUCUGACAGCGUUCCCGGAUAUAUUUCCAGGGCAUUUAAACUAUAGUUUGCUGAAGUUAAACUUUUCAAGGAACAAUAUCCAAGAACUACACCCAUCAAUUGGAUAUCUUCAAAAGCUUGUUUCUCUAGAUGUCAGUUGGUGCAAAACCCUGAAAAGACUGCCAGAAAGCAUAUAUACUUUACGAUGUCUAAAAACCCUUAACCUUGAAAGUUGUGCAAUACAAGAAUUAUCCGAGGGUCUUGGCCAUUUAGAAAGUUUAACAUUAAGCAAUACACACAUUAAACAACUCCCUAAUAGCAUUUGUAUGUUGAAGCAUCUGAAAACCCUACUUCUUGCAUUCUGUUAUGCUCUUAGGAGCUUGCCCCAGAAUUUUGGCCUAUUAGAAUCUUUGGAUGAACUAGUUCUAUCAUGGUGCAAUAUAAAAUAUGUUCCAAGUUGCAUCUGCAAGUUGAAACAUCUGAGAGUGCUUAACUUUUCCGGCUGUAGUCAACUUGAGAGACUUCCGGAGACACUAGGAGACUUAAAAUGUUUAGAGAGGUUAAAUGUAGAGGGUACAUGUAUAAGUCAUCUUCCACACAGCAUUUCUUUAUUGAAAGGUCUGAAAGUCCUUGGAUCUGAAACGCUGUUGGAAUCUAACCCGUUGAUGAAAAAGACCAAAAGGAGUUAAAGGGAGAACAUGAGGAUAGCAAAUCACAGAGAUGGAUAAUGUAUAAAAGUUCUACAGUUCCAGACUUUUAUACUAUUAAUCUUUUGAUUCUUCUGAUCUGGCGAGAGAGAAGAGACGAAUCCGAUGUGCCGAGAAAUACAAAGAGGUGCAUGUACCACAUGGCUGUUCCAUGGAGGAAUUUGUCAUACGUUUACUAGGGUAGUAAACCCGUUAAUCCCCAGUGUAAGAAGACAACAAAAAUUAUCAAAAGUUAAACUUCAUUGCUGAAAAGUCAACCGGUUGAGUUUGAUUUUGAUUUUUUGAUCUUUUAGAAUUAGGAUGUGUAUCCAUUUUCAUUUGAAGGAUACCUGAGGAUGGUACAAUAGCUAGCAACCUUGCAGGACUCAAGCGAGAACAUUUCUUAUUUCGAGAAUAUUGAGAACAAAAAUUAUUCCUUUAAUUUUACAAGGUGACAAAGGCUUUGCGGUCAAGUGUGAUAGGUGUUCAAGCGAGAACAUUUUUUAUUUCGAGAAUAUCGAGAACAAAAAUUCGACCUUCAAUUUUACAAGGUGACAGUUUUGUAAAUAAAUUGACAUUUGAAUGCAAAGCUCAAAAUUUUAAAAAGACAUGGGGGUAAUUUUGUAAA